AUGUCACACAAAAAGAAACCAAUUAAAACAAUAAAAUCCAAGAACAAACCAUUCGUAUCAACCCAGAUAACUAAUUUGGAAGCGUUUGCAUGUCUCUGGCUUGACGCGAAUGUUAAGAAUACAGAUGAUAAUCGUGAAACAGAACAAGAAUUACGUCAAAUCAUCAAUCAUCUACGGAUAUUUGAUCAAGCAGAUGCAUGUGAGAAACUAAUCCGAGCCACGAAACAAGAAAAAAUCGUUCUUAUUGUGUCUGGUCAAUUGGGUCGUGAUGUUAUUCCACGUCUUCACAACUUACCACAAUUGGUUGCAUGUUACGUGUAUUGUUUAAAUGGAACUGAUCAUGAAGAAUGGACAAGAACAUAUUCAAAAGUUCAAGGUGUUUUUGUUGAACGAGCAGACUUACUAAAACAAAUUGAUCUUGAUCAAAAUAAUCGACUUUUAACUGAACAAUUAUCAGCCAUAGAAAUUAUUAGUGGUGAUUCAAGGGCUCUUGAAUCCAGAAAUGCUAUGUUUAUGUGGUUUCAAAUUUUCAUUGAAGUAUUAAUUCGUAUGCAUCAUAAUGUCAAUUCCAAAAAAGAAUUUAUUGAUAUUUGUAAAAAAAAUUAUAAAGAAAACCCAAAAGAAUUUUCUAUCAUUAAAGAAUUUGAAGAAUCAUAUAAAUCAGACAAUGCUAUAUAUUGGUAUACACGUGAGUGUUGUAUCUAUCGUAUUUUAAAUAAAGCUCUUCGAAUUCAAGAUUUUAAUAUGCUAUUUAUUCUUCGUUUCUUUAUUACGGAUAUAUCAAAACAAUUAAAACAACUACAAAAAUCAAUUUUACGUAUGACAUAUAAACGUGAUCCGUUUGUUGUUUAUCGUGGUCAAGCAAUGACUAUGCAGUUUUUAUUGGAUGCUAACAUUUCUGAAGAUAUUCAACGAAUACUUUUCGAAAUCAAUAUUAAUCCACGUGAAAAAACAAAAGCUUAUGCCGAUAUAAAUGAAAUCAGUUAUUUUAAAACUGAAGCAGAAGUAUUGAUUAUGCUUGGUGCUCUCUUUCACAUUGACAGUAUUGAAGAAAAACCAGAUGAUAAUAUUUGGAUUGCCCAUCUAACAUUAGCCAGUGAUGAUGAUUAUCAAUUGAAAGAGACUCUUGCCUAUAUGAAAGAAAAAAUUGGACAAGAGACAGAUCUCGGAACACUUGCUGAAAUUCUUAUUCAGAUGGGAAAAUACGAUCAAGCAUUGAAGUAUUCCGAUCGAAUAAUGCAUGAAUCUCAAAUGAAUACUGCCAAAGCAUAUGAAAUUGAAGCUAAAGCUUUAUGUUUAAAAGGCGAUUAUAAAACAGCACUUGAUCGAUCAUCACAGAUAAUGAUUAUCUACAAUAAAAUUUUACCAUCGAUUUGCGCCGAAAAAGGUCAAUUGUAUUGUGCCAUUGGUGCUGUAUAUUAUAGACAGGGUUCAUACGAUCAGGCACUAUCUAAUUUAAAUGAAGCAUUAAAAAUUCAACGACAAGUGUUGCCAUCCAAUCAUCCUGACAUAUGUGAAACGUAUCAACAUCUUGCUGAUUGUUAUGAAAGUAAGAAAAGAAUCAAAGAAUCAUUGGAAUAUUACAAUAAAUGCUUACAGAUACGAUUGACUAUAUUACCUGAAAAUCAUCCUGCUAUUGCUUUAACAUACAAUAAUUUAGGUACUAUGUAUGAAAAUAAUGAGAAUUAUCAGGAAGCAUUGAAUUAUUAUCAAAAAUCAUUGAAUAUUAGCUAUAAAAGUUUGCCACCGACACAUCCAGAAGUACAACGUACUGAAGAAAAUAUUGACAGAGUGAAAUCCUUAGUUUAG